AUGUGUUACGACGGCCAGAUCCUGCGCUCGAUGGGUGUGACCGACUACGAGCCGGGCGUCCUCCACCAGCUCCUCACCUUCAUGCACGCUCAUUGCGCCGAGGUCUUUUCGGAAGGCGCAGACUACGCGGCGCACGCGGGCCGCACGGCGGUGGAGUGCGAGGACGUCAGACUGGCGUGCAGGCUCAAGUCUGCAGAGGCGCAGGUCACCUCGGCGCCCUUCCUUGAGUGGCUUGCGCGCGAGCGCAACGGCCAGCCGCUGCCCGCCGCGCCGACCAGCACGUCUGGCAUCCAGCUUCCGCCUCAAAAGUUCUGUCUGCUCGCCGCGAACUACGAUCUGGUGCCGCGCGCGCCGGCGGUGGAGGCGGCGGAGGACGAGACGCCGUCUCAGCUGCGCAGCGGUGCCGAGCCGCCCGUCCGGCCCAAGUCGGCGGGCCCGAGGAUACCAAUCCACCUCGGGGCAGCGCAGGCGGCGACCGACGCGCUCGCGCCCGCGCAGCCAGCCCGGGAGGGGAGCGGCGAUGCGGCCAUGGCAGAGGCGCUUGAUGACGAUGAGCUCUGGGACUAG